GCUUGACACAGAGGGGAGGGGUAAGGAGGGGGCUUGGAGGGCUUAUAAAGGGUCCCCUCUGCCCCACCUGUAGGCUGUCAGCUGUUGGAAGCCUGUUAAAACGUCAGCUGUUUCUGAGGAGAAGUGUGUGUUAGUCAGAGCCAGGGAGCCGGUAGAGGUUAGGCAGGGAGAGCUGGCUCCUCGUGGCCCUUGCCGCCACAUUACACAUCCAAUGUUUUGUAGCUUUUGGGGGUUUGUUUGUGCACAGCAUAGCACCACUUGUCUGAAUCAAACACCAGAAUAAUCGGGUUCUGCUUUGCUUCAUCUCUGGUCUGUGUCGCUUGUGUCAACAACUUUGUUUUGAUGGAGCUGAAUACUUAGAGCUUAAAUAAAAUCUAAGGAAACCUCUGGAAUGCUGUCAUGGGAAUUUAUUUUUCAGCAAACCUAUGAGAAAGUUUAAUAACUUAAAGACAUAAUGAAGAUUGAGUGCUUUUUAAAAUGUUCCAGUUGGCGUUGAAGUCUUGACCCUUUCACUCUGGAUUUAAAACACGCUCAUUCUCACUUUUAUUGUCUCUGGGGAAAGAUGCAAUAACAACACAAGUGCUGUUCACCAGAGGUCGACUGAUGUGGGUUUUGUGUGUGCUGCUGAUUUCUUUUGGCCGAUAUCUAGAAGUUUUCCACUUUAUUUACAUGCAAAAUGUCACUAAUAACAGUGGACGCACAGCAUCUGAUUCUACACUGAUUCUAACAAACUCUAAGUAUUAAAAUAUACAAAUGUAAAUAAAAAUAAAUGUUAGUUGAGAAUAUUCUUUUGACCAUUUAUAAUGCAGAUCUUUUUCCGGAACGUUCAUUUGUAUGAAAGUCCACAGCAGCACUGGGCUGCCCGUGGACCUGCCUGACGUUAAAUUGGCUCUACUGAAGAGGUACAUCAGUUGACACGAUAAGUAAAUUAUGGUCAAUAUUGGCCUGAUAUGUCGGUCCAUCACUACUGUUUAUUCGAGAAGUAACUGGGCUUAAUGAGAAUUCCUUUUAGUUUCUGCCUUAAAUUUGAAGAGCUUUGUUGCUCCAGUGGUUCCCAAUCUAGGGUCCAUGACCCCUCAAGGGGGUCCCCAAAAGAUUGGAAGGGGUCCCUGCAAUUUUCUCUGUGCUAAUUACACACACUGAGGUAUAAUGAAAACUCUGUAAGAGUUAUAUCUCUGUAUGUCUGUAUAAAGUUUGUAAAAAUGACUUUUAAUGCAUAUAUGUGGGUAUGAGUUGGGGUUAGAGGGUUCUUGGCCUGUCUUGGUCACAGACAAGGGGGUCCUCAAGGAUAAAAGGCUGGGAACCGCUGAUCUAUAUAACUCCUAGCUUUUAUCAGUAGAGUUCAGUAGUAUUAGAAAAAUAUGAUUUAAUUGAAUAUUGCAUUGACAAACUAACAUAGUUUGUCAUCAAAAUGCUGGCUGACGGCAUUAAUACUGUAUUAGGUAAUUUAUUGAAGGCUUGUACCUGGUGAGGGUUGAACUCUACCAGUGAUGCCCUUUGUCACCAGUUUCUCUCAGUGACGUCAUACAGAGAAUUUCAUGGUGUGUUGAGUUUGGUGGGAAGUUGAUUUUGUCUCUGCUUUUGGAGAUUGCUGGAAUAAAGGUCAGCACUUCCAAAUCAAAGGCUAUAGUCCUCAUCCAAUAAAUAAUAGAUAGCCUUUUUCAGUUUUGUCUUAAGUGGGAUUUUGGCACUCCAAGGUCGAGCUCGUGGGUAAGAAAAAAGGGAGUAGCAGAGCGUCUACAGCGAUGAAGAACCUGUUUCUCAGUGCGGUGAAGGAGCUAAGACUAAAAGUGAAGAUUUUGAUUAACCAGUUGGAUAAUAAAUAAAUAAAUAAAGAGUUUCAGAAAAUCUGGCGAACAGAGUGAGUUUCCUCUGCAAGGUUGGAGUAGGAGCUCUAGAAGGGAGUCGGAGUAGAGCUGCUGCUCCUCCACCACACGAGGAGGAAGUUCAGGUGGUUCAGAUCAGUGGUUUUUGGUCAUGUCCUUUGACGAGGACUCAGUAUAGUGGGACUAUACUUAUCUCUAUCUGGCGUGGGACUAGAGGUCCUUCCAGAAGAGGUGGACAAAGUGGCUAGAUGGAGGACAGCCUGAGCUGCUGCCGAUUAGCAUGUGUUGAUGAAGUCAAAAUCCAUGAAUUCUUGACAUUUGUACGACCGUUUUUAUCAUUAACCUGAAGUUCAAGUCAGAAAGUUUUGAGAACAGGGACAAUGUUCAUCCAUUGUUACUUCAAAUAGCAUUCAAGCAAGAGUUUCUGACUCAAGUCCUUUCCCUCUAAACACCUCUUUGGAACGCACAUUGAUGAAAGUUUGAUUUCAGAUGCCUGCUCUUAUUUUUCUGAGUGUAAGCUAAAAUUCUGGCAUCUCUCUAGUCCCCAGUCGGUCAUGCUAGCGUGGGAGUCACAGGUGUUGAGUGAUUUAUGGCUUUAAUUUACUUGAUAGAUUAUAAUAUAAUGAAGAAACAAGCACAGAACAUUAAUUAGUGGAACACAGCAAGCUACUGUUUUACUUGAACUCUCUUGGCAGGAGGACAGCAAAAGCUUACAACUAAAUUAACACUGGAAAUAAAAUCCACUCUUCACUGGAAAAGCAUGAAUUUAGCGCUAAACUGUUAAGAUUUUCUUUGAACUGUAGUUUGGAUUGAGUCAAAAUCACACUUGAAUCUAUAGGAAGUGCUAUUCAAGGAUUUGGUAUUUUCAAAUAUAUGAAACAAAGACAGAUGGCAACAGCCUGUAAAAGCGGAAGUCUUGAAGCUCCCUUUGAGUGUGGGGUGGGGGGCUGGAGCCUUUGUGGCGGCAGCUGAGUGAAGCAAACAGUUGAAGGGAACAGGUUGCUGCGUCUGUUCGGGCUCAUCUUGCUGCUCUUGACCUUUAGCCUUUAGCAGUGACAGCUCCAGAGACUGGAGAUACCAUAUUUUGUCAGACAGAGAGAGAUAUGGUUGGAUUAAACAGCGAAUAGCAAAAUGUUGAGCUUAAUUUUUUGUGAAUUUUUCACAAAAUAUUACACAGCUAUGUAUUUUGCUCCCUAUUUAUCAGAUUUUUUUUACCUAAAGAGUAAAUUGUUGGGCUGCAGUUUAGAAAUCGCAUUGCUAGUGUUGCAACAGAACCAAAAACUUGCAGUUUGGAUCAUUUUACAGUUUUCAAUCAGAGAUUGGAUCAUUUUUUGGAUCAUUAGAAAGAAAAUAAAAGUCAAAUAACUUUGUUCUUUCUGUAUUUUGUAGAACACAUAGUGCAACUAUUUUCUGCUCAAUUUGCAACUUGUUAGAUGAAAUAGGGAUUACAGAGAGGUACGAUUACUGAUUAAAUGUUAAAAUGGCUUGCUUAAGUUCACACUCAGUCUAUGCGUUUCCUGCUUUUUCUCAUUUUCUCACCUUUCUGAAGCACCGUUUAUUUUUAUUUCCUCCAUUACAGAUUUGUCCCCAACAAUAUUUACAGGUACCACCAUGGUAAUGUAAUAACUGUCCCUGGCAUUUUGCGCGCACCACCCCCUUGAUGGAGGUACGUGUGUGCAGCGCUGCACCGUCAAACUGGAGGCAAGCAUGUGUGUGUGUUCAUUUUUGCAGUUUGUAUCAUCGUUGUAUUUUACUAGAAAGCCAAAAUACUCCCAUACAUGUGACUUGGUCUCAUCCACCAGCCAUGACCACCACUGUGCUUUUCUUGUUUGGAUUAACAGGUGGCGCCUUGGCCCUCGACGUGACCAAUCUGCGGAUCACGUGCAUAGAGAACAUAGAGAAAUCUGUGCGGAUCCUGGACCAAUGAUGAUUUGUUGCACCCCUAUUACUGCUCUGGCAAGCCAUUCUAUAUAUGUAAAUAUAUAGUCCGGCCAUGAACCAUUGAAACAGAUCACUUAAAACAAUGGAAUUAAUGGUUGUGUUUCAAAUGAUCUCUGCACACAAAUGGUCAACGCUAAAACCAAUCAGAGCAAAAAUGUGACGUACUCACCGCUAUGGAUGUCAGUGAAUGUGGCAACUCGCUAGUCAGUCAAAGAAGAAGCAACUACAUUCUUCUUCAAAUCAAAGGACUUAAGUACCUUUACAUUUUCUAAAGUUGAUGCCAAAGCUGUUUCAAACAAGAGCCAACGCCAUCUUUGUAGUUUUUCUCUGUCGCAGCUUGCUCGUCAAUUAUAAAGCGCAGUAAUCGGCCAAACCCAAAACUGUUCAGGCUGUUCAGGCCCUGCUGUCACACCUCAAGUGAAUGGCUGUCUGGUAAUGUUUCUUUUAUUUUGAAUAUGUGAGUGUUUUGUUUUUAUGGAUUGACUUUUUAGGUGGUAUGAAGUGCACACAUUCAGUUACUUAUCGGUUUUGGUCUGUAGGUGUUUAUAUGAUUGUUUAAAAUGUUUUUCUUUGAGUUGCCAGUGGCCUUGGAGUUGGAGCAGCUGUAGCGGAUCACAUUACUUGGCCUAAUCCUAACCCAUUGGGUCAUACUAACUCUCAAGGGAGAAGAUUCCUGUGUAUGUGUAUUUAGUUGUUCUCUUUUGUAAAUAGUAGUUGGGUUUUAAUAGUAAUAUGUAUUCAUUUUAAGCAACUCAAACAUAAUGGACUGAUUGGUAUGUAUUUGUUAAGGGUAGAUUAUUUAUGUACUUUGUUAAUUGAUGUCUCCCCACCCUGGUGUGUUGGCAGUGGUCUGAUCAGCCACUAUUUAAGUUGAUCCUGUUGUGUCUGUAGUCAGGUCUAUGUUUUUUGUACAUGUCUGUAGUCAGGUCUUGAGUUUAGGUUCCUUUAUUAUGUCAUUUCAAGUACUGGUUGGAACCGUCUUUUGAGAAAAGCAAAAAAAAGUAAUGAAUUAAGACGUCAAGAAAAUCAUCAGUGCUUUCCUGGCUGGUUUGUGCAAGUCCCUGACAGGUAGUCCUGCUGAGGCUACAGUGGAGUGUAGACAGAUCUGCUGAGCAAAAUCAUAUGCUCUUUCUUUGGUUGGUCUCGAUUUCUAGGCUAACACUUUUCAAAAGGGUUUCAUGCCGUUUUCAGUCAAAAAUCUACUAUAUGUACUGUAGAGAAUCGAGUCCUGCUUGUAUGUGUAUCUUUUCUUUGAAAUGUUCAUUUGUUUAAUUUUAUUAUGCUGUAAUAUCUUUCAAGAGGGUGAAGAGAAAAAAACUGGAAUAAACCGUGAAUAAUGUAGGUCAGACUCAAGAGAAAAGCUCACUGUGGUACCGCACCAGAGAAAAGCUUUGUCAUUUUUUCCCCCUUUUUUCCCCGCGUCUUCUAAAGCGAGACAGAUUUGCAUAAUCAGGAUAUUCACUGUCAAACCCUUGAAGGCAAAUCAUGUUUAUUCGACAACCUAUUAGUCAUUAUGUGCAGAGACAAAGCACCAAAUAAGCUUGUCUUUAACAAGCCCUCUUGAGUUUUUCUUUGUCCUGACUCAUCACUCAAGUGGCACACCUUUCCCAUCCACUUGCACUCAAAAAGUAAUCAUUUUACCUUUUUUCCACAAUGGUUCCCAAUGAUUUUCAGCUCCUUGGUAGGAUGUUCAUCUGUGUGAGAGCUGUAGCUUAUAUACUUUUUUUUGGUUUUCUUUCAACAUAAAUACACCUGCCGUAGGGCAAAGGAGCUGCUUCAUCUCAGAAGAGAGAAUAGAUAUCCCUUGCUCGGUGUUUGUGCCUCCCCCACCUCUCACUGUUGCCGGAUCCCCACCACAUGUAGCAAGCACCACACAGUCUUGGCCAACGCUUGCCUUUCUGUCAGGAAGAGCGGAGGUAGCCUCAUAGAUCCCCAUUUUAGGCUCGGGGCCAAGAGCGUAUGUUGAACAUGGUGUGCCCCAGGCAGUCGUGCACACUGAUGACAAAUGUGGAUGGCAAGCAGGGGAGAAAACCUUGAGAAUGGGCAGAGAGAUAAGGCCUUCAGAGCUUGUGUUUGUUAUGGGAGCAAUUUUGUAUUCGGCUCUCUUGACUUUAGGAUUGUUGAGUUUAGUAGAGCUGUAUAUUUUGUUUUCCCAUCCAUGGGCAAGUUUCUUUCUCCUGACCAAUGAAGAGAGCUGUUUUGUUUCAGUCUUUCUCUUCAUAGAUUUCUCCAUAUAAGUUUCAACUUCUAAACAAAAUUAGUCUUUGGUUUCUAGGCAAAUACGUGCCUGCGUCCAUAAAUUAUUUUCGCUUUGAGGGGAAACUCUGUGUCACAACUGUUUAGCAGACUCCCGGCCUUCCAUUUCCCACACCCUCAAGCCUCCCUCAGAGAUUUCAAGGUCAGGAAAGGGCUUGGGUCGAGAUUCAUUGCUUGGGAAGCUGAGUUCCUGCCGCACAUGAUCUCAGAGAGCCUGGCUCUCCUUUUAAAGUCCUGCUGGUCAUCUGGUGGCAUCACACGUACUUCAGAUCUGCCAGGGUUACUUUGGAUUCCCAUUUUUGUCAGAUCACAACCAGUGGACUUCUCUGGAGCUGAUAAGGAUGGAAAAAUAUGGUAAUGAAGCUGUUGGUCGAACUUCUGGCUAAAGGUACAAGAUACCUCCAGUGUGUUGAACUCCGACAGCUGAGCAUGAGCUGCCCAGCUGAGGUAAAGGAGAGGGCAGAAGAUCCCGACGGAGCGUGCACGACCCGCCUCCAGAAACAGGAUCAUGAUCUGAGGAGGGAGCAGCACACAGAACCCCGUUUUUUUCCUCUCCUCCUUCUCCCUCUUUUAUUUUAUUUUAUUUUAUUUAUUUAUUUAUUUAUUUUCAGCCUGUCAUAGAAAGCCUCUCUGCUCAGGUGCUUUAAAACUGAGUUAAGGUGCACACAAAAGGUCAAACUAAAUCACAGAAGCAUCUGAAGAGGACAACAGCCAUCUGUGACCUCACACGAUUCCACUUCCUUCCUGCUCCUCCCGCUUCAACACCAGAACCAUGGGGAGGAAAAAGAUCCAGAUUCAGAGAAUCACUGAUGAACGCAACAGACAGGUGACCUUCACUAAGAGGAAGUUUGGUCUGAUGAAGAAAGCGUACGAGCUGAGCGUCCUGUGCGACUGUGAGAUCGCUCUCAUCAUCUUCAACCACUCCAACAAGCUGUUUCAGUACGCCAGUACGGACAUGGACAAGGUCCUGCUCAAGUACACCGAGUACAACGAGCCCCACGAAAGCCGGACUAAUGCAGACAUCAUUGAGGCUCUGAACAAGAAAGAGCACCGUGACUCUGAGAGCCCCGACCCCGAGGAGCCCUUCUCCCUCACCCCCCGCACUGAGGAGAAAUACAAAAAAAUUGACGAGGAGUUUGAUAAAAUGAUGCAGAACUAUAGGCUGUCAUCCACAGUCCCACAGCCCACCUUCUCCAUGCCAGUCACAGUGCCAGUAUCCAAUCAGAACGCAGCGGCGGCCCUCCAGUUCAGCAACAACCCCUCCGGUGCCCUGGUCACCACCACCUCCUUCGUCACCUCCACUCUCACAGAUCCCCGCCUCCUGUCGCCACAGCAACCAGCUUUGCAGAGGAACACCGUGUCACCAGGGUUACCACAGCGACCAGCCAGCGCAGGUGCUCUGUUGGGAGGAGAUUUGGGGAACUCAAAUGGAGCGUGCCCGAGUCCAGUCCCUAACGGCUACAUCAGUGCCAGGGCCUCUCCGGGCCUCCUGUCCGUAUCCAAUGGCAACAGCCUGGGGAAAGUAGUCCCGGCUAAGUCUCCACCUCCACCUAGCCCUCAGAUGGUCAACAGCCGCAAGCCCGACCUGAGGGUCAUCACCUCGCAGAGUGGCAAGAGCCUAAUGCAGCUGACGGAGGAAGAGCUGGAGUUGGUGAGUGAGAAUGCUCAGAGACUAGGUGGCUCACAGGUGACACAGCCUCUCACCACCCCUGUGGUCUCCGUGGCAACACCCAGCCUCCUUGCACCGUUCCCCAGCAUGCAGACGGCCUACAACACUGAGUACCAGCUGACGAGUGCAGAUCUCACGGCGCUUCAGACGUUCACACCACCCGGGCUGGUGCCUGGCAACAUGGCUGCCUGGCAACAGCAAUCAGCCGUCUCUCAGCAACAACAACAACAACAGCAGCAGCAGCAGCAGCAGCAGCAGCAGCUGACUUUGGCGUCACUCAAUAACUUGGUCAUGUGGGGUGCAAAAAAACAGAAUGCGGAGAUGGCUAACUGCAUCUCCAAUUUUGCUGCUAACCUGAGCUUGGCUUCUCAGUCCAACUUGCUCUUUGGCAGAGAGGAGGGCCUCUGCUGGUCGGUGGGCCCGGUACCUCAGAGUGCCACACUGACGGUCAACACAAACCCCAACGUCAACAUCAAGUCUGAGCCUGUAUCACCGAACCGCGAUCGCAGCACUCCAAGUUCCACUGCUGGUGUGGGAAUGGGGGCAGGUCCUCAAGUCCAAGGACAAGGUCUGGUUUCCAUCGCCUACCCAGGUACGCUGCGGGUGGAAGCAGCCGGCCAUGGCCGCUCGCCCGUCGACAGCCUCAGCAGCAACGGCAGCUCAUUUGAGGGCAGCGACCGGGACGACGGGACUCAAGGUCGAGGUGGGGGUCCAGAUUUCCACAGCCAGGCUGGCGCUGGAGCUCAGCAGCCUACAAUGGUCCUCCUGCGGCCCUCUUCGUCUGAGCCCCAGGAGCAGGACGGGACAAACGUCAAGAGAAUGAGAUUGGAUGCGUGGGUCACAUAAAGAGAUGAAUGGACGGACACACGGAGGAUGAAGAUGUGUACCAGUGGCGUGUGUACAUGCUCCCAUCAGUCCCACUGCCCCCCCCCCGCCCAAAAAAAAAACCAUGACCGCAAUCUUUAAUUAAAACACAGAAACCAACCACCAUCGCCCCAGCAACCACACAGGAAACUUGUUCAUUUACAGCACAAGCAUGCAAACACACAUAUGUUGCACGUGUGGACACUGACGCUGAGUUGUUUGGCAGUGUGCAGUCACGUUUGUGCUUUCACGUCCUCGAACACCCCCCCCCCCCCCCUCGCAGGUUGAGCCACCAAACCAGAGAAAACUCCUCAAAAGUCUCACCUGGACAGACCAACCAGACUUGUUUUCCCAGCAUGCCUUGGGACUGGUUUGUGGUGGGUGGUGUUUACCCACUGUUGGUCUACGAAAGGAUUUGUUUAACCAAGGCAGCGCAGAGUUUAAAAAGUGCCACUGACAUCGUCCACAUCAGUUUUUUUGUACACGUCGGUCACAGCUGCACUCUCUCUCUCUAUCGCUCUCUCUCCAUCUCUCUAUCUCUCUAGAUUUUCGUUUCUUCGCUGGAACUUUGGCAUUGAAUCUAGUCCUUCUGUCUUGACUGUUUAAACUUUGGAGUCAUUUUGGAUUUGAAAUCAAAGACACUAAAAGACAAAGUCGCCUCUCUCCUGGUCAGUGCCGGGAGCUCUCGACAGGUCUCGCCCCCAACAAGAUGACCCUCAGGUCUUUUUUUUUUUGUCCAAUCAGAAUCAUGCAGACUAGCUGUAAAACAAGAGACUUGUUGCUGAAGUAAAAGACUGCUUUUCUUUGAAUCAGGGAUGAGCUCCAAUAGCUCAACGACACAUGAUACUCUUUAUUUGCCCACAUUGUGUCGACUACAGAUGCUGAGAAAGGCCUGUGUGUCAAGUGUGUGUGUGUGUGUGUGUGUGUGUGUGUGUGUGUGUGUGUGUGUACAGGUUUCUUACCUCAAUUUGAUGUCUUUUCUCUUUUUUGUAAAGUGAUUUGGAUAAAUGUUCACUAUCAUUUUAUUCUUGAACACAACGGCAACGCACACAGCAGAAAUUAUUUUAUAUGAUAGCUGAUGUUCAAAGGGGUGGGGGGGGGUAGUGCCAUGUAUAUAAGUAAUCUGUAACCUUUGUGGCUUUUGUGUGACUGGGAAUAGGUGUGAUUUACAGGUUGAAUAAUAGGUCAGACAUAAGUGUAUAUUUAAAGCGCUUCAGGGGCGACUUUAGGGCCAGAGACUCAGCAGACGACAGGGAUUGUAUAUAAACAUGGAUAUUUAUAUCUAUAUAUAUAUAUAUAUAAACUAUAUAUUCGGCAGGAUAUCCCUUCACAAGAGAGGAAAAUAAAUCAAAUGUAGAAUCUCAGUUGAUCGGUGUGUCUUUUAAAAUAAUGAUUUAUGCGCGUAAAUAAAACGUAAUAUGGGGAUGAGCCAAGAGAGGGCGCUGUAGGGGCAGGAAGGCAAGACUGCAACUGUUUUUAGAGUGAGAAAGGGUUCGGACUGUGUCACUGAUGGAGUGCACUGACUGUCACUCCCAACUCACACACCUUGGCUACACACACACACAGUUGAACACAACUUUUUCUUUAAAUUUUAAAAGAACAAAAUUUUUAAAUGGAGUUUAGUUAUGUUUGUGCAUCGUUGCCUCUACCACCAACUCUGAUGAACUUAUAUAUUUAGAAUUGAUUUAAUGUAUUUUGCUCAUGAAACAUUUGAGCACAUUGAACAAAAAGUAUUUCAAUUCUGUUUUCUAAAUAAAGUGAUGAUGUCAUUUUAAAAAUGGAAGAUGUAACCAACCUGUUUGUAAAGGAAGCAGUUACAGUAGUAGGUAGCACAUAUUUAUAAUUUAUUGAAAAAAUAAUUAAUCGAUUUUUUUUUAAAUUAAAACUUAUAGGAGAAUUUUUGCCACAUAAUUAACUCUCCCACUGUCCUAAUGGGUGUGACCCCGUUAGGAAAGCUGACCAUUGAGCAGGGUUGAUGGUUUAUCCCUUGGGUCCACGUGGCAGGCGUGAGGAGUCAGCACCACCUCACCCCUUCCACGUGGACCUCGAGGGAUAAACCAUCAAUCCCGCUCAAUGGUCAACUUUCCUUGCGGAGUCACCUAUAAAGACAGUGGGAGGGUUAAAACAUCCUGGUGUUCGCUUAAAAAACAAUUAGUUACACUUAAGAAUGCACACACACACACACACACACACACAACGAUACGAAUAAAAGAUUAAGCCAGCCAAGGAAGUUUCCACCCUUCUCUUUAGAUGUUUACCUCUCCUCCUAUUAAAAGCCAUGUAUCUGUAUUUAAAGGACCUCUCCUUCCCCUCCGCCGGGUGGAUGCAGUUUUAUAUCGAGGAGCGUUUUUAAAAGACGAUGAAGGAAAAUUGAUGUGAAGGAUGUCAUUUUUGUACUCUAUUAAAGUGUCAAAUGGUGAAUUAGGGUUUAGUGGUUAGACUUUUCAAAGCGUGUUGGUCAAAAGUGGAACUUUGUGUAUUUAGUUUCCUAAAAGCGCUCUCAGCCAGCAUCCAUUUGCGCCUGAAAAGCGCUGGAGGCAGAGUUUGGGUAUCGUUUGAUAUUAAUCCGAAGGUUUCAGAGCAAUUCCUGAUCUUUUAAUGACUACCUCCCAAAUCCUACGCAGACUUGUCGACUUUAGGCUUUACCACAUCUGGGCCACCCUCCUCCCCACAUCACCCCCCCCCCCCUCUCUCACCCCUGUCAAUCACUCUGGUUUUAUGUCCUUUUUCUGAGCUUAAUCUAAAAAAUAAACUUUACAAACAAACACACAUCCAUGCACUUCUCAUCGCACACUCCUCUACGUGCUCCAUUCAGAUAUCGGGUCUCAACUCUUAAGACGAGGCUGUUACAAGUUUGUUUCCACAGUAAUGCAUCCAUCCUACUCUCUCUCUCUUUCUUUAUCAUAACACACUACUUAGCUUAUAAGUGAUUUCUUGUUUUCUUUAUCCCCAUGUGUCACUCACUCAUACACUCAUACACACACACACACACACACACACGACAUGCCUCAGUAUCAGUGAUGGUUUUCUGUGCUCGUGGCAGAGUGCGCGUAAAUCCCAACACCGAGCAGAAAGGCAGUUGUGUCCCGAGCAACUGAACAAAACAUAAAGAUAUAAAAAGAUUAUAUUUACUUUAGCAAAAUACGGGAUUGGUGGUAAGAACUCUCACUGAACACCCGUAGGGGGCGCUGUAAUCAGAAAGCAGAAAGACAAUCGUGCUGAGAACAGCUUCUGAGGACCUGCUUCGCCCCUGGGUAAAGCGAUGCGUGCUCCUGUAAAAUGAUGUUUAGAAGUCUCACUUUCCAGUGUUAAAUUUGUGCUGGUGACAGUCUGUUUUAAUAGUUCUCUGAUAUUAUUAUUAUUAUUGAUGAUCGUCAUUAUUACCACAGCCUUCACUGGUGGUAGGUAGUAUGAUGAGAUAAAAAAUCUGCGUUUUCUUUUUGUGUGUGUGUGUGUGUGUUUUUUAGCCGUUUUAUAAAUAUGUUUUGUUUUUUCUUGGGGUUUUCUUCAGAAAGGGUGUUACUAAUGUUGCACGGUUGUGUUUUUAUUAUGAUUUUUUUUUGUUUUGUUUUCUUUCUUUGUCAAAGGGUGG